AUGUUCAAUUUUGGAUCCCACCGCCACCAUGUGACCGGGAUGUUUAGGGAGAUGGUUUAUUGUAGAGUGUUUGGCAAUCCAAAAAAUUUAGCAAUGGAGCGGGGAGGGGUUUUGGGGCGGGAAGUGUUAGAGACAUGGGGAGGUGUUGCUUUGCCUAAACUGUGGAUGGACCAGAGGAGUUGGCUAUGGUCCAGGAAGUCAUCUGAGAAAAGUCCAGGUGAAACUGAGAGUUCUGGCUCAAUGUCAUCUCAUUCAGAAAGAUUUUCUGAAGAUCAGGUAUAUCCCACAGAAACUACUCCAUCUCCAGAAGUCACAUGCGAGGGUGCACCAAAUGAUGAAGAAGUUACUGAUGUGAAAACUCUUACGGAACAGUUAUCUGCUGCUCUGUUAAACUCUAGUGCCAAAGAAGACUUAGUAAAGCAGCAUGCAAAGGUUACUGAAGAAGCAGUCUCAGGCUGGGAGAAGGCUGAAAAUGAAGUAUUGAUUUUAAAACAAGAACUUCACGCUGCAAAACAGGAAAAUUCAGUUCUUGAAGACCAAAUUAGUCAUCUGAAUGGGGCACUCAAGGAGUGUAUGAGGGAGCUUCGACAAGCUAAAGAAGAACAGGAGCAAAGGAUUCAUGAAAAUGUAUCAAAUAACUCUUGUGGCUUGAAAUCCAGAAGACCUGAUCAUGGGUGGGAAGCUGUUGAUGCUGCUGCUGCUGCAGCUGCAUUAGCUCGCUCUGAUCUUCACCAGAGGCUUGAGGAUAUGGAGAAAGAGAAUUCAAGUCUUAAGGUAGAGCUACAAUCUCGACUUGAGGAACUAGAGUUCAGGACCAUAGAAAGGGAUUUGAGUACUCAGGCUGCUGAAGCAGCAAGCAACCAACAUUUGGAAAGUAUAAAGAAGGUGGCUAAGCUAGAAGCCGAAUGCCGGAGACUGAAAGCUGUGGCUCUCAAACCAUUCUCUGCUAAUGAUCACAAGUCUUUAGCUGCUUCUUCAGUUUAUGUGGAGUCAUUUACUGAUAGCAUGUCAGAUAUUGGGGAGAGGCAACCAGUAGUUGAAAGUGAUAUGAGGAAAUCAGAAACCUGGGAUAUGAAUGACGCUGAAUCAAACCACUAUGGCUCAUGGUCAUCAGCUUUAAUCACAGAACUUGACCCAUUUAGGAAUGAAAACACUGCCGGAAAAAAUCAUACUGUCUUUUCAACUGAGAUCACUCUGAUGGAUGAUUUCCUUGAAAUGGAAAGGCUUGCUGCAUUGCCAGAUACUGAAAGUGUAAGUAGCUUUCCGGUGGUAAGUGCUGCAUCUGACCAACUCAAAGUUGGCCAUGGCACAAUGAAUGCUGAUGUGGAAGCUAUGGUUCAAAAGAAUGUUGCACUGGAAAAGAAACUAGAGAAAAUGGAGGCAGAGAAACUGGAGCUAGAGAUGGAUCUAAUGGAGUACCAAAAGAAGCUUGAAGUAUCAUUGAACAGAAUAAAGGAAAUGGAGUUAGAGGUAGUAGAGCUUCAAACUAAGUUAGCUCUUGCAAAGAAAUCAAAUGAAGAAGCAUAUGAAAAACUAGAAGCAACUCAACAAAAGAAAGAGAUAGCUGAGUCAAAACUCAGAGUUGCACACUCUGAAGCAGAAGAAUUGGUUUCAAAAAUUUGUUCAUUAGAGGAAGAGAUUGAGAAAGAGCGAGUUUUGUCAGCUAAGAAUUUGGCCAAAUAUGAGGAGUUGGAGGAUGAACUCUUGAGAAUGAAGCAUGAACUUCAACUCCAGCAAAACUUUGAGAUUCUGUCCGAGGAAGGUGUUAAUAGUGAGCUAAAGCAGGAGAAGGAACAAGCAUUGGCUGCUACUAAAUUUGCUGAAUGCAGAAAAACCAUUGAAUCUCUUGGACUGCAGUUAAAGUCCCUUGCAACCUUGGAAGACUUCCUACUUGAUUCAGAGAGCCCUAUGGAGUUAACUUGUGAAGAUACACCAGGUCACCAAAGUGGUGAUGAGAAGUUGAAGAAGUUAGAUAAUUGUGCAGUUACACCAGGUCACCCAUCACCUAUUACCCAUGAAAAAACCAGUAAUAGUUUUGGUAGGUUGAAUCCAAGAACCAAAAGUGUAAGCAAAACAAGAGGUCGCUGA